AUGAUUUUGCCCAAGGAAAAGAUCAAGGAGUAUUGGAAAGUUUAUACCACCACCUUCCGUCGUCUUAUUGACCCUACGGCAAACCGUUUAGAACACUUCUGGUGGCAUGUCUGGGGAAGCGACAGGAGAUAUCUACCCGGAGCUGUCCUCGCAAAACUCUUCGAGGAGAUCUCAACCGGUCCCACUAUCGCCCCGAUCCCCGGCCCGCCUAACCGAUGGGAGCCGCCAGUAUUUGGAGAUCAGCCACCGCCGUGGGAACUCAAGCGUCAAGCAGAGAAAUCGGGCGUAGCUGAAGACACCAAUGCGACGAAAAACACCGAUCCCCAGGGAGGUUCGAGGCCUAACCUGCCCGAGGCCACCAAGGCGGCUACCGACGAAAAUACGAUCUCGACCGUGGGUUCGAUUUCACGAUGGCGAGGCAUCUUCGGGAAGCGUCUCAACGGCAAACACGGAGCAAAGAAAGUCAUCGUCACCGGCAAAGUCGGACAGGAAGAAGACAUCGGCACCCGCGAAGCGAUUUCACGCCUCGCUCGGCUCCAAGAGACGGCCAGCGCUGCCACGCCGGAUAAGUUCGCAAUCGUCGGCGACGUUGGAGCCCGCGACACGAGAGGAUGGGGGCUCAAGGCACCAGGCUGGUCUGCGGCUUUCUCAACCGGCCGUGGAGUCGUCUGGAGGUUCCGUGGCGGGCAAACGGCCGGCACUGAAGAAAUCUACGAGCAACAGGGCCCCGGGGGACUCGAAGCUGCGCAGCCUACCUCCCCACUCCACGAGACGACGAGGAAAUCGGCGCUCAGGGAUCGAAUUGUAGAAGAGCCGAGCGGCGGCCCCGGAGACACAGCUGGGCUUUCCAAAUUGGAUCGCACGAAGAGCACGGAGUUUAGCCCGAUCGGGGCCAAGACCCGGCCACGUAUCCCAAGAUCUCAGUCCCAUAUAGAGCCACAAAGAUUUGGCAUGGGUAUGGGAAGGUCACUUCGGCCCACACUAGCAGCAGAGCCCACGGCAUCAACGACCAACGUUGCGGCUCUCGGCACAAUUAUCGAUUUCGACAAAAGCGAGAUGCCCCGACUCACGGACAACUCUACAAGCGCAUGGCUGUUUGGCAUCCUUUUAGCGCAUCACGACAUGACCAAGGCGUUUGCUUCACUCUUUGUCCUAGCCAAAACGUUGCCAUACCUGCCGAUAUAA